AUGGUCGAGGAUGUGAUAAAGUUUCAAAGCGAGAUCAUUAAAGUUCAGGGUGGUUCUGGAUUAGCACACGAGGUGAAAGGUUUGAAAUGGUGUUGGAGAAGCUCUUUCACACCAAUGACAUACGACGAUUAUGACGAUGAAGACGGUUUUGAUUACGAGACUAAUGGUCAAUUCAUGUUAACUUGGAAUUUUGAUUGGAGCGAGCUGAAACUUGCCGAAGUGGACCGUAUAACAGGUUCUAUUGUUGUGAAACCUGUCGCAGGAAAGUCGAAUAUCUCUCUAAUGCAGAUUGAAGUUGAUAUGAACAAUCCGAAGCAAAGCUUGGUGAAGAAUUUUAAUCAUCCGUACAAAAACCUAGGCCUUGUUGCAUUUGAAUAUGUAUUCUGUCUUCAUUACAACCCAAGAGUAAUUUAUAAAGAAAUGUUUUUACCUUCCGAUGAAACCGAUGCAGUUCUGGUGGUUGACGGCAAGAAGAUAUAUGUUUGUAAAGCGUUUCUUUCCUUUCAUUCGAGCUACUUCCGCAAGCUUUUCUCGUCAAACUUCAAAGAAGCUCAAUUGACCGAAAUUCCUAUCAGGGACGUUUCUUACGAAGAUUUCUGUCUUUUGUUAAGCACAAUCUAUCCUAAUAUGAUUUUUCCGAAUGAUGAAACUGCCGAUAAACUUCUGGAAUUGGCUGAUCGUUUUUUGAUGCCAGCUGUAACCAACAUGGUGGGAUUUCAUCUUUGUCACAGUGACAAAUUAGAAUGUGAGCAACUGAUUUUCUUGGCGGACAAGUAUUCAAUUCCGAGGCUUCUUGAAAAAGUGAUUUCUCGGCUGGAUUCCAUGGAAAAAGGAAAGCAAUUGAGGGAUUCUCCGGUAUACUCGCAACUGUCUGACAACGUGAAGGCUAAAGUUCUUGACCAUGUCUUGAAAUUGAUUGACUAA